AUGACUACGCUGGUCCGUCUUCACGGAGACGUCAUAUCAAUUACCCUAAAGGCAAGCAAAGCUGAUUUUCACUCCGCAAGCAACGCUACACACCCUAAUCUCUGUUCUCGGGACAUCUUCGACCUUCUCUAUUCCAAGACCGGGGCUCACCCUUUCAUCCGCGUGGGUGGUACACCAACGUGGGUCGGUCUCCAUGUCCCAUUCCCCGCAUGUAGUUUUCUCCUCUAUGUUUUCUUCUCUAUUUGGUUGUGCCUGGAAUUUCCACCCCCUACUUUCCCUUGCCUGGACCGAUAUCCAUUAACUGGGCCGCUUUUUCGCCGAGACCGCAACUACAGUGACCGGGCUUGGUACAAUGCUUCUCAAGAAAUCGACUCGUACAAUUGGUACAACAAAUCAUCACCGACGGAUGCUUCUGGCAUCGCGGACCGGGUCUACAUCGGGCCCGCCUUCUUUGAGGGCUUCGCAAAUUUUCCAGGAACGCACUGGUCCUGGCAGAUCAACGUGGGCUCGGACAACAGUAUUUUAAAAAGUUAA